UCUUGAUCAAAAAAUGAAAGUAUCUGAAAGUGCUCUUCAAAAAUUCGAAACUCUCUUGUCCAACUUUGCCCCACAAAGUGUCAAUUUAAGUGUUCAAAUCGAUGCUGGUCACUUACCAACCGAUCAAAUUGGUGUUCAAUGCGAAAUUCCAUUCCUUGUUCGAUUGCUAUCAGGUAAUUUACCACCACAAGAAGAAGAAGCAGAAACAACCAAUGUCUUGAAAACUCCUGUAAAUAUUUGUCUAGUUUUGGAUAUUUCUGGUUCCAUGGAUGAACCUUUAAAGAAUAGAUCGAAGGGAUCUAAAUUGACUGCCUGUAAAUCUGCUAUUCGUGAAUUGGUCACCAAUUUCUUAACCUACAAGGAUACUAUUCACUUGAUCACAUAUAGUGAUAGUCCAAAAACUGUUUUUACAGAAAAGAAUAAGGAAUCAGUCAACUUGAAUGAUAUUGAUAAGAUUAGUACUGAGGGAAGUACUAAUAUUGCCUCUGCUUUGCAUUCUGCUGUUGAUUUGCUUCAUAAUUCAAAUGCUCCUGGAACUAAAUUGAUUGCCUUCUUCUCAGAUGGUCAAUGUAAUGUUGGCGAAACUAAUUUAAACAUUUUUGGUUCUGGAUUAUUGAAGAAAUUGAAAGAUUAUUCUGAAGGAAAAGAUGAUCAAAUUCACAUCUCUUCAUAUGGUGUUGGAAGUGAUUAUGAUGAAUUGUGGCUUCAAGCAAUUGCUAGAACUGGUAAAGGAGAGUAUUAUUAUUUGGAAGACGAAACCUAUGCCAAAGAUGCAUUCGAAAGAUCACUUAAAAAGUACAAGUAUCAAAUUGGUAAAAAGUUUAAUGUGACAGUUUCUGGAUUGAAUGGAGUAACUGUCAAAUCAUUUAAUAGAAAGUCAGAUUUGAAUUCACUUAUUAGUGGAGUUUCUCUUGGUGGAUUAUUUUGUAGAGAUUUGCGUUUUAUUGAGGGUGUUUUAGUUUACAAUCCACAAAAUUCAGCAACCUUAGAAGCCCUUAAACAAUUAGAUUCGAAUAAUGGUUUACCAAUGUUGAAAGUUGACUAUUCCUACAUUAGUAACACUGAUGAACAAAUUGUCAAGAGUGUCAAUUACAUUCACACAAGAUUUGCCUCCAACACUAGUGAACUCUCCACUCAAUUGAAACUUUAUGAAACCAGUGCCGAAAGAAAUGACUUUACCGUCCAAAAUUCCAUCCUCUCCAUUGCCGAUCUCCAAGUUCAAUUCAACCAAUUAUUAGAACAACACAACUCUGAAAAAGCUUUGGAAUUGGCCAAACAAAUCGAGGAGAAAUAUAAGGAACUCGUUGAGAAGGAUCAGUACGGAAUUGUUGAACAAUUGUACACACAAGCUGUUCAUCAACGUUCAGAAUUGGAAAAGCACGGAAUUUCUGAGAGUUACAAGAAGGUUGUUUCAAAGAGUGCAAGUGUGGCAUUGAAAGUUUCAAAGAAGGAAGCUAAGGCUCAAUAUGAAUGUGAAUAUGAUGAUUGUGAAGAUGAGGAAGCUUAUGGUGGAUUGUUUUAAAUAAAUCAUUUUGCUUUAAUAUAUUUGGCACUGGUUUUUAAAUAGUAAGUAUUAUAAUAUUUAAAUAGUUUACAAUAAAGUUAAAUAGUUGGUUGUAUGCCAAAAUUAUGG